AUGUUGGAAUUCAUCUUCAGAUCUCUGGUUACAUUUGUAACUUGCAUCCUUUUUAUAGCCACUAAGAUAUUCAUGAACAUCUGUGAUCAUGCAAAGAAAGUGUUCCAUUGGGGGAAUGUGUUGAAAGAAUGCUGUUUUCGAAUGAGUUGUUACGUGAAAAAUAAAACAAAAAAAUCAGCAUCCAAUAACAAGUUAGAUAUCAUCGAUAAUGACACUGGUGAAAGCUGGACUCGAAAAGCCCCUUCCAACCAUAGUCAGACCCUAAGUGUUUAUGUUUUGCGGGACUAUCCGAUGAAUGCCGAGUUUGUCGAUCGUAACAGGAGAAGGGACAGUUUCAGCCCAGUGCUACAAGCACUGCGUGCGUCAAACGUGUCAAACGGGACCUUGGCAUCUGAAGGAUUCUACUGUCGUGAUAAUGGAUAUAUACGAUGCUACUGGUGCAGCUUCGAGGUACCUGUUAAUAUGGUCACCAAGAGACAACAUGCACCCGGCUGCGGACAUGUGUUCCACAAUCAGCCACCGAACCACAUAUAA